GGAAGAUCGCAACGCAAAGAUCCCGUUGGGCUGGAAGAAAGAUCGCGGGCAGAACGUCGUCGUCGUCGAUACAGAUUGCAUUCGGCCCUCAUGCAACGUCUUCUCUUGGUCCUCAUGGCCAUGACUGGCGUCGGCUAUGGCUCGUACUGCCAGCGCACGAUGCGCCAGCGCGAACACCUGCAUCCGAGCGUGCAUACGCUGCCGCCACCGACGGCCACCGAGGUGCUGGCGAUGGCGUCGCUACCAAAGGCGCUCGAUUGGUGCGAGCGCGGUAUGUGCACGUCGUCUUGGAACCAGCACAUUCCGCAGUACUGCGGGUCGUGCUUUGCGCACGGCGCGCUCUCGAGUGCGAACGACCGCAUCAAGAUCCUCAACCACAAGCUCGGGUUCCACGGCCCGGACGUGAUGCUCGGGCGGCAGAGCUUUCUCAACUGCGCGCCGGGCCACGGCCUCUCCCACGGCUGCAAGGGCGGCGAGCCCGCGGACGUGUACGAGUUUAUGCACAAGUAUGGCCUUCCGGACGAGACGUGUCUGCACUACAACGCGACCGACUACACCAAGUACAUUGACUUGUACAAUGGCACGUGUCCGCCGGACGGCUACUGCGUCAACUGCAUGAAGACGCCCGACAGCCUCAAUGUGCCCCACUGCUUUCCCGUGACCAAGAUGGUCCGGUAUCGGGCGAAGGAGUAUGCGCGCAUUGCCGGCGAGCAUGCCAUGAUGCACGAGCUCCUCAACGGUCCGAUUACGUGCGGGAUUGCGUGCAGCCCGCCGUUCAUCAACGACUACACGGCCGGGAUCCUGCACGAUACGACCAACUUCACGCACAUUGACCACGACGUUGAGAUUGUCGGGUGGGGCGAGGACGAAGCCGGCGUCAAGUUUUGGCGUGCGCGCAACUCGUGGGGCACGUACUGGGGCGAGAAUGGAUUCUUUCGCAUCGUCCGGGGUAUCAACAACCUCGCCAUCGAGUCGGACUGCCACUUUAUGGUACCGGACGUCAGCGACGAAGCGCUCGUCUGGGAUGAGAGCCCGGCGUUUGGCGGGUCGCUCUACGGCAUCCGCCCCUUCAACGCGACCAAGGCGGCAAAGUACGUUGUCGAAGACACGAGCGCGAUCGCGUGGAACAACGACCGGCAGCACCGCCACGAGACUCGCCUCGAUCUCGUCACGCAGCGACUGGAUGCGACGCCGUGGACGAAGACGCCGGGGCUUUUCGCUGCGCUCGGAGUAUGUGUGCUGCUGGCCUUUCUGACGCUCCAAGGACGUCGGCGCCGGACCUACCAGCGUCUGUAGGCAUGACGUUGAAUACACUGUUUGGUGCCGCUAUACCA